CUAACCCUACCUACAGCCCCAACCCUAACCCUAAUCCUACCUACAGCUCCAAGCCUAACCCCAACCCCACCUACAGCCCCAACCAUAACCCUACCUAUAGCCCAAACCCUAUCCCCAACCCUAACCCCAACCCCAACCCUAACCCUAACCCCAAACCCAAACCCAAACCCAAACCCAACCCUACCUACAGCCCCAACCAUAACCCCAAACCUACCUACAGCCCAAACCUCAACCCUAACCCUACCUACAGCCCAAAUCCUAACACCACUUACAGCCCCAAUCCUAACCCUACCUACAGCUCCCACCCUAACCAUAGUCCCUACUCUUAUCCUCACCUCAGCCCUCAAUCCAGCCCCAUACCCCAUCCUAACCAGCCCAGCCCUUCCUAUAUUCCCUACCCUAACCCUAGCCCUAGAUGCAGCCCUCUCUACCUCUCUCCCCCUCUCCUCCUGCGUGGGGGGUGGGAGUCAGAGAGGGGGGUAAGUCCAGCCGUCCAGCAAAUGACCACAGAGAGGAGAGGACCACACGUGAACCACCUGAAUCAAUUUAAUCACUUGAACCAUUUGAAUCAAUUGAACCAUCUGAAGCCUCUCUACUCGCCCCCAGCACAGCAGACACAGAUGACAUUGACAGAACAUUUGGGAAACUAUGAGACACCAAACUGCAGGUUGAUGUGUUCUGUGUGUCAGAGGGACUUUAAGAGUCUUCCUGCUCUUAACGGACACAUGCGCUCUCACAGAGGACUCCGCGGACAGCCCGGCAGGUCACAAACAUACAGGACGCAGAAGGAAGGGGUGAUUCCAGGGUCUCCUGUCCCCAUAGUGAUGCCCGUCUCUGUGCCCGUCAGACUCCCUGCCUCCCCAUUUCCAUGCCUGGAAGAGGAGCACCAAGAGGGGCAGGGAAGGAGGGGGCAGGGAAGGAGGGGAUGGAAAGAAAGGAAAAAAGAAAAGAGGAUGUAUAGCCAUAUCCACUCUGCUCUUGUCCUGCCCCGCCAGUCCACUAGGGGUGCUGUGGUGUUCCAGAGUGUUCUGCGUUCAAUUGUUCAACUGACCAACUACACCCCUCCUCCCAUGCUGAGGCCAGACAGGGAUGGAACUGGGCUAUACUGCUCUCUAACCACAAGUGAUGGUGACAUGCUAAUGUCCGGGGAGCAUCCAAUGAAGAUCAAACCGAGGAUCAACGUGGGGAUUGGAUAUCAGGCUGAUGUCCCACCUCUUCAGGACCAAAGACACUCUCACUCAGACACCCACAAAGCACUGGUGUUGUGGACGCCCUGGGAUGCCCUGGAGAACUCAUCCACCCAGCACAGAGUCGAGUGUCUGUUGAUGAUGUCAUGUUCCAGUGUGUGUCCGGGUGGCGGGACUAACUCUGAGUACGCCCUGCACAGCCUAUCCGAGAGCAGAGGAGACUUCCUGGGAACGCUGGAGAAGAUGCUCCUUCACCACUGGCCAAUGACAGCCAACUCUCUCUCCUCCUACCACUACGCAGGGAGUGAUACGUGGAGUCCAGUGGAGAAGAGGUUGGUGAAGAAAGCCUUUAUGAUGUACCAGAAGGACUUCCACCACAUUCAGAAAACGGUGGGGACUAAGUCAGUGUCUCAGUGUGUAGAGUAUUACUACACCUGGAAGAGGAGGCUGCGUCUAAAUGUAAGGACCCCGGUCGGGCUGGCCAGCACACUGCCUGAGGUAAAUGUAAGGACCCCGGUCGAGCUGGCCAGCACACUGCCUGAGGUAAAUGUAAGGACCCCGGUCGGGCUGGCCAGCACACUGCCUGAGGUCUAUCCAUCUCAGCCCACCAUGAAUGGUAAGAUGGGGCUCCACACCAUUUCGACACAGAAUGCCUGCCAACCGAUCCACAGUGGCUCCUCCUGUCCCCGGCUCCAGGUUGGUUCUGCUUGCUGUAGCCCAGCCCCGGGAGAGGUAGAGAGGCCCAGCAAGGCUCACUUUUAUGGGCCGGUCUGUCUGAGGAUGUCCCCCUCUCUAUUCAGCUCCAGUCCCAGACCGAGCAACUCUGCCCCCAGCGCCAAGCUCCACACACAGCCUACCCCUCCAUACCCCUGUAGGGCGUGUGCCAAGGUGUUCUCUAAAGUGAAGAGUCGUAAUGCUCACAUGAAGACACAUCGCCAUGAAGACACAUCCCCAUGAAGACACAUCACCAUGAAGACACAUCACCAUGAAGACACAUCGCCAUGAAGACACAUCACCAUGAAGACACAUCACUAUGAAGACACAUCACCAUGAA